AAAUAUGCAUGCAUUCGAUCGUGUGCCCAGGCCAUACACGUACAUGUAGCUCAUUUCUAAAUUGAAAAUUUAGACUUUUACUUCUUAGCAUCUUGAAACAUUUUACCGUCAGUUUGAGCUUAUUGGUAUUGCAUGCACUUGGUAAUCAGUCCUGACUGCUGGAGUGGAGGCUACAUGCUGUUUUCAUUUUGAAGGCUGCGAGACUUGACUAAUGCACUGUUCAGAGGGAAGGAUGCUUACUGAUUGGCUGAUUGCAUCGCAGACUGCAGCCCCUCACUCUUGAGCACACACACUCACACAGACAGGCACCAGGCCUUUGCAAACGGAGGGAGUGUUGUUAUUAUGUGUCUGACACAGGUCGGAGGAGUACUGCUUCCAGAGCUCAGCUCAACUACUUGAAUACAUUAUCGGGAAGCUCCUCAGUGUUGGGUAUUUUUCCAUACAUUGUCAGCCCAAGCCUUCAGCCAUCUACACCGGGCUAGCAAGAUAGCACAGAAUCUCUGGUUGUGGUGGGAUAUGUCAUGCUGUGGCUCUCCCACUAGACCGCCUCGUUAGCAAGCCGCUAGAUGUUGCCACCCUCCUGUAGCUGUUGGAACUCGAACCACAACAAAUGUUGAAAUUGCUCGGCAGGACUGCCCACCAAACAUUCCCUGGCCUGCGGGUGAGAAGCGGUAUUUGCAUUUAGACAAGCAAUCAAGUCGGACUGAUUGGAGUGCCUAGUCAAACACUUCAGCAACACCACCAUCUCUGGCACUUGACUUCAACGAUACAUCUUAUCAGUUUUCAACUCGUCCGUUCCCUAGAUGUGAAAAUUUUCAGUAAUUCCUUCUGACAGGAUUUUAAGGAUUACACACCAGCAGCCAUGGCUUCUGAAUUCCUGAGACGUUUGUUGAAGCGAGGGUCCGAGUCUUCGCAGAGACCCAAGGUGGAUGUCCAUGCCCUGUACACAAACUGCCAAAUGAGUCGCGUGUUGAUGGAAGGUCAGCUCUCUGUACACGAACCAUGGCGCAGGCACAAGAAGAAGCCCAAGAGCGUUCACAUGGUGCUCUACACCAAUGAUUCUAGCCCAUUUCUUGUGUGGUACGGAGAAAGAGCCAGGAAGAAGGCGCGUGGAUUCUGCAACAUCCAAGGUGGGAAGAUCGCGCCGAUCGGGGAAUAUAGCUUCCAGAUUGUGUUCAGUGGGAAAAAUAACCAAGUGUACAAAUUCAACACGGAAUGCUGGGAUACUCGCGAGGAGUGGUUAUACGCAUUAAGGGACGAGAGCAGACGUGAGACGGCCAUGCCGGAACUCUCUAACGUCACGCCUUCACUGAUGGAGAGCAAAGACGACAUUGCCAUAACGCAUCAAACUCAGCCUCAGCGACCACCAUGGAAAGGGCAUCGUAGAACUCUAAGCGCUGGGUCACCGUCGCCGCAGCUUGAUCGCUGUCAGGUCUCUCUCCAACGAUCAAGAAGUCAACCCCACAUUCAAAAAGGAAAGUUGAUCCGAAAGCGCGCGACUGUGUUGAACUCCUCCAAACCCAAACCGACGUUGGGCCAGUCGAUCCAGGGACAAAAAGUCUUUGUGCGAUCACCAGAAGUUUGUCGCAGCUGAGGCUAGUGCACAUGUGGCACGCUUUCAAGGCAUUCUAAAGUUUAAAGUUUAAACUAUCCAGCCAUUUCAAGCUGACAGCAUUUUUAUAUAUUUUUUUCAAUGUUCACAUUGUCAUUAAUUCAUUGCAAAGUUAUAUUCUGUUUAUGUUUAUUUGAAUACUCGCAAAAGAAGCGUACUGCAAAGAAUGCAAAUGUUUUGUUGUAAAGCAGUUACAAUUGAGAGCACCAAAUGCAAUGCUGAUGUGAUUAUCAUGCAUGAAAUGCCAAGUUUGAUAUAAAUUAAAUUGAUUUUGCAUGUUUAUGUUUAUACUUCAAAAGUUUCAUUCCUUUUUAUAUUUCGUAUAAAUUUGCAAAAUAUGCAAAUAAUCCCCCUUCUUGCUUUUCAUAUUAGUGUCUGACUAAUAUGAAGACUACUAAUAAGAUACUUGUAGUAACAUUCAUCAGAGAAAAAAGUGAAUUUUCAAACUCCCUUUAUAAAGUUUUUGAUUUUUUGUUUGGUACUUUAAAAUAAAGGAAAGAGAUUUAUCUAUAGUACUAUAUAAAGAUACCGGCCAUUCUGAGCACUUUAUUAUUUAAGAGUGUGAGGUACCUUAACGGAAAGUAAACGAGACCAAAUUUUUUUAUUUGUGUUAUAAGUCACAAGGUAAUCCAGAAAAAAGAAAAUGGUGCCUUAUCUUUAUAAUCAAUUAUUAGCAUGUACUCUCCAAAUUAUUCAGUGUAAGAUAUUUUGUAUCAUCAUUAAUCGAUAUUCUAUCAAUAUUUUAUGAAACAUGGAGGAUAAUCAAACCUUGAAGAAGUGUAUCUCAAAUCGAUAUGAAAUUUAUAUCCCUUUUUUCAUAUUCCUUAUUCUAUUAGCAGUGAAAAAAAAUGCAUCAAUUAUCGUCAUGUACAUGUAUAAAAUCAAGAGGAGGCACCGGAAUUUAUAGAAAUUUUUCUAUAAAAUAAUUUGUUUUUGGAAAACGUAAAACAGUACUUUUGGCUUGUGUGCAUAAAAUCCCUGUUAAUGUAUGCACAUGUAUGGGUCUGGAUUUGUUGAUCAGCCUGUGGUGCAGGCGCAGUUCUGAUGAUAAUGUUUUGUCAUUUCAACUUCCCAGUUCCUGUUUUUAUUUUUGGUUAGCUUAUCU